UGAAGAGCAGCGGUCUGUAAACAACAUGGCGCGUCAUGGACUCAGCUGGACUUGAGACGGUGCAGUUGACAGCGGAAAUUUUACACAGACAGCGAACAUAUUCACAGUUAACUGCUGUAAAACAAAUGCUUCGUCAUUAAUUUGGAAAAGGAGAUCAACGAGAGAAGCGUGAAAAGGUGCUCAGUCUAUGGGCUCCCAGUCCAGUUCUGGCAUGUCCGGUCGCGGCUCGAGCGGAAACCCGGACCAGUCAGAACCAGAAUCGAACCAAAUCCAGGCUACGACCCCAAGGAGCCGCAGGGGACCCGAGAGAGCGUCGGCAUCUGAAGAGGACGUUGAUCUAGCACAAGUACUGGCGUACCUACUGAGGAGGGGCCAGGUGAGGCUGGUCCAUGGCAGUGGCGCAACAGGGUUACAGCUUGUCCAGUCUAUCUCUGACUCGGAUGACGACAGCGAUGGAGCAUGGGAGGGACGGCUAGGACAUCGCUAUGAUCCUCCUGUGGAUUUGCACCCGGACACUCAGGAGCUGGACCGCAGCGAGAUCCGCACUCAGAUCCUAUUAGCCACAGCGUCCUCACAGCUGAACAGCAAGCACAGCUUCACACACAUGCUUAAUCAGCGGGAGCAGGGUCGCUGUCGUGGAUCCAGUUUCUCUCAUGGUGAAUGCAGCCGUAUUCGCUCACAUUUCCUGCCCAACUAUGUGGCCCACAAAGACACUUAUCAGCAAAAAGCGUUUUGUGGCGUGUACAGCGAUGAUGGAAAUUUCUUCCUCUCUGCAUGCCAAGAUCAGCAUAUUCGGCUGUAUGACGCCAGUCGGGGCAGAUUCCACCUGAAACGCACUGUGAAGGCCCGAGACGUGGGUUGGAGUGUGUUAGACGUGUGUUUCACGCCAGAUUCACGCUCCGUUCUGUACUCCAGCUGGUCUGAUUACAUCCAUGUGUGCAGUAUAGAUGGCGAGAGUGAAACGCACACCGCUCUGGACCUCAAUCCAGAGGAAAGAAGGUUCUGUGUGUUUUCACUCGCAGCAUCCACAGACAGCCGAGAGGUGCUGGGCGGAGCAAACGAUGGCUGUCUGUAUGUAUUUGACCGUGAGCUGAACAAAAGAACUUUGAAAAUUGACGCUCACGAGGACGACGUGAACGCCGUGGCAUUUGCCGAUGUUUCGUCUCAGCUACUUUUCUCAGGCAGUGAUGACGCACUGUGCAAAGUGUGGGACAGACGCACAUUGAGAGAACACGCGCCUCAACCAGUCGGAGUGUUAGCAGGACACAGAGACGGAAUCACUUUCAUACACAGCAAGGGUGAUGCCCGGUACCUGAUCAGCAAUUCAAAGGAUCAGACAAUCAAACUAUGGGAUGUGAGGAAGUUUUCUCCUAAAGAAGGCCUCGCUGCAUCACGGCUCGCCGUCACACAGCAGAACUGGGACUACCGCUGGCAGCAGGUCCCACAAAGAGCUUUGAAGAAGCACAAACUGACAGGUGACACGUCAGUGAUGACGUAUCGCGGUCACGGCGUUCUCCACACGCUCAUCCGUUGCCGUUUCUCCCCCGAGUUCAGCACAGGACAGAAGUUCAUCUACAGCGGCUGCUCGACUGGGAAAAUCAUCAUUUAUGACGUUCUGACGGGCCGUGUUGUGUCCAGACUGACGGGUCACGAGGCGUGUGUGAGAGACGUCAGCUGGCACCCUUACCAGGAUAACAUCGUCAGCAGUUCUUGGGAUGGUGCAAUUCGCUUGUGGGAGCACAGACACAGUCACCUGCUGGACAAAGAGAGAGAACGAGUGAGUGAUUGGAGGCCAGACGAGAAGCUAGAGGAGAAAUGAAGUGGCCGAGAGGUGUGUGUGUGUGUGUGUGUGUGUGUGAGAGAGAUUCUGAAAUUAUAUAGGUAAUGUUUUUCUGCUGGCCAAAAAAAAUAAAUAAACCUGCACAGAAAAAAAAAAACCCCACCCAGGGCAACACACAAGCUCAGUGAUGUUUAUUACACACACACACACUAUAGAUCUUUGUUCUUUAUUUUGAAGCUUCACGUUUUCAGAUAUUGUUUAAACAUGCUCCGAUGGUAAAGAUGGUCACAGAUCACAUACAGUAAUCAUAGUGAUAAAAGUAAUAAUGAUGAUAAUGUUAUUGCGUUUCGUGUAUGAGAGAACACAGCUUUAAAAAAAUCUAACGAUGUUCAAACUGACAGCUGUGUUAAAGCUGAAUAUUAUAAAACAUUGUAAUAGUGUUAAUGUUGAUUUAAAAGGGAUUAUUAUUUUGGAGUGUAAUGUGGAAGAUUGAAGAUUAGAAGAGAGUGUGUGUGUGUGUGUGUGUGUGAGAAAGAGAGAGAGAGAGAGAAUGAGAACGUUCAUGAAAUUUGUUCCUGCAGUUCUCCAGAGUGCGUUUGUAAAUUAUGAGCAAAGUUAAUUAAAAUCCUUUUUCAGUCUUGA